AUGGCGAAUCUAGGAGGACGUUUCCACACUAUUGGUCGGACAGGCACAUGGCAGGUCCGAGCGAUCAAUUCCGUCAGUGAUGGGGACAAACGGCAUUGGCCGGGCAAGCCUACCUACCGACCAAGUGGAGAAGAGCGCUAUUUGAUAAUACUGGGGAAUUCCUGGGCGAAGAAGGAUGGAAUCGAUAAGGCGCAGCCUGGAGUCCAAUUCUAUAUUGAUCAACUACCCAAUGGCUAUGCCUUGUUCGAAAUGGAUCAGCCUGGAGGAAGUGGCAACGUGUACAAGAGAUUAUUCGGACAUCCUUCAGGUCGAUAUUAUGACUCAAUACCGAGAUUUGAGCCUCAUUUCUUAUGGCUCAUGUCAGAGAUGCAAGGCCAGUGCGAUUGCGUGUUGUGCUCCAAGGGAACGCCCAGGCCGCCUGCCCAACGGACGCGAAAGAUUCCUGAUGCCUCACUUCUCCCUUCACAGAGACGAUAUGCCAUCAGAGAUGCAGGUAGCGAGUCUUCGAGCAGAUCAGAGUCCGCCGUUGGCCGCGCGGGCGGCACGUCAACCAGACCUCAACGUCAAAUCAAAGCUGCAGGAGCUCCAUUUGCAACAGAUGAGAGGGGAAACGAGGACGUCUACAAGCUGCUCGUCAAUAGGUUGUACAAAGCCAGAGAUAGUAGGAAAGGUAUUGAGGACGACAUACAAGAGCCAAAUCAUAUGGAUUGGCGAGCUACACACGAUUAUGGUGGCUAUGGCGAGAAUGUGACCAAAAUCCAUUUGACAUCGGUUGAGCUCCAGCACUCAUUCAUCCCCCGAGUAGGCGAGCUCGUCCUGUGGAUCCCCAACUUCUUGCAUGAACACUCCCUGAUGGUCGACGAGAACUCUGAGUACAAGUAUUACUCUUUUAGCCAGGAAUGCUUCCAUGGCCACCCUGAUUGGCGGGCUGGAGUUAUCGCCGAAGUGCCCUCGGCGAAAACCGCCAAUGGCCCGAUUGACUUCACUGACAUUCAAAGCCUCCCAAAGAAAAACACGUCUUUGAACACUGCAGGUUUUCGAGUUGAGACAUUCCCUGACCCAAACGACGAGGUAGACAAGUCAGCCUCCAAGCAGUACCGAUACGUUCCUUUGAGAAAUAUUCGACCUCUUUCACACUGGCACAUGCUCCUCCGAGGUAUCCCACGAGACAGAUGGCAUGCCUCAAUCAAAAAUGCUCUCACUUGCAUGACCAGUAUGUCAUUAUUGGAGAAAUUCUGGUUCAGCGGUGAAUGGCCAAAUGCCCACAUUCGAUGCAAAGGCAUAUUUCUGGGCCCAGAAUUGAUCAUUGUCGGAGAUACUGUCCGCAUUCGACCAGAAUCUUCAGCAUCGGGCGCACCGAAGAGGUGUACAGAUGUCAUGAUUGUUGACCAGAUCCGGUUGAACCUUCUGAACAUCGAUGCGGAAUACACACUGCCAGACUCAGGCCAUCUUGCGUCUUCAUACACGAUCACACUGAAGGGUCGAGGAUACACUCUCGACAUACACCGCUCCUAUGAAAUCCAAGCGCAAGGUACUGAUGCGAUGCGCACUGAAAUCCCCGCUGCAGUGCCAUUAGCUGAAGUGAAGACGGUGUUCAAUUCUGUCGGAGCAGCAGAUUAUGGCCAUUGGUACCAUCUCCAUGAUCCAACCAAGAGAUACGAAAUCUCUCAUGACAUGGUCCUUGGUAGAAUGCACGAAGCAGGCGCUGUCCAGCUGUGGACUGGUCAACUUCAAACACAGGAAGCCCUUGACAAAAAGCUUGCCCCAAAACUCGACUUUGACGUAUAUGCCAUUGAGGCUGCUCGUCGAUUCGCAACGCAAAACGACAUGAGGCUAGAAGCUGCCCCAGACACCGAAAUUCGCUGGUACUUGGGCGACCACCGGGCUGAUGCUCUUGAUCUCGAAAUCUUCAAUGGACAGAAGAUAGGACGAUAUGAAGAAACACGAGAUAAAGCAACUCAAGAGCAAUGGCGAAAUCAAUUGAAGCUCUUGAAUGGACAAUCAGUGACUCCAGACAUGUUCAAAUACACCUCGUUCACUGAAAUUACAUUGCCAGGUACACGAGGCCGCAAACCUGGGUCGAAGGUCAUCAAUGGUAAAGUCAUUCGACCAGGGCAGCCAGGGUAUGACGGCGCUGGUACCGAAGACCAAGUUAAGCCGCUGGGGACUCCAAAGCACAAACAGUACAGUCAAUUGGCGGGAGCGGCGCUAGUAUCCACGGACGAAGACGAAGAGGGCGAGGACGAGGGCGAGGACGAGAGCGAUGCCGAUGCUGAUGUCGCAACGUCCGAACUAGGAGUUGAUAACUACUACUCAGCUCCGGAAGAUCGUACAGGCAGUGCAGAACCAUCUGGAGGCUCGACAUGGACGAACAAACCAAAGCCUCUUUUGACAAAGACAGAGAUCAUGAGUGGAAUUGAGCCGGCGGACUUCGAUGAUUACUAUUCUUCGGAGGAGAGUUGGCUGGAAGCCCCCAUGCCUUUCGCCAGGGGAGGUACUGAAGAGUCGGAUGGUGGUGAUUACCGUCCCGAGCCCGAACCCCAAAGCCAGGAGAAGUACUGA